GAAAGAGACACACAGCAAAGGGGAGGGAGAGAGAGAGAGAGGAGAGGGAGAGAGAGAGAGAGCGAGAGAUGGAUCAGUUUGGAUAGGAGGCCCCUGGAGGAGAAGAGGAGGAAAAGCCACACAAUCCAGCUCUGUCAAUGCAGAUUACAGCUUGCACAGGGGGAAGUGCUUGCUAAUAAUUAAUGUUUUUUAUUCAAUUUGGAGGGAGUACUCUGAAGCUAGUCACAAUCAGCCAUUUUGCUCCCUGGAGGUUGCUGAAAGCCCAGAUUCAGAGGAAAAAAACAGACGAUAAAUGAGCUCGAUACCCCUUUUCUGACUUAAGAUUUGCGUAAAAUCUAAAGGGAAUGGACGGAUUUUGCGACCAGCAAGUGCCUUACGUGGUCACCAAUAAUACGAGUGGGAGAGUUUGCCACGAGAGGACAAGCAACACCAGAAAAAGAAAGUUUUUAAGCAGAGACCUGGCUCAUGAUUCAGAAGAACUCUUUCAAGAUCUCAGUCAGUUGCAAGAGACGUGGCUUGCUGAAGCCCAAGUCCCCGACAACGAUGAGCAGUUUGUACCGGACUAUCAGGGUGAUAACUUGGCUUUUCAUGGUGUCCCAGUAAAAAUCAAGAAAGAACCGCACAGUCCCUGCUCUGAACUGAACACCGCCUGCAGCCAGGAACAGCCUUUCAAGUUCAGCUAUGGCGAAAAGUGCCUGUACAAUGUCAGUGCCUAUGAUCAGAAACCACACGUUGGAAUGAGGCCCUCUAACCCGCCAACUCCUUCCAGCACACCAGUGUCUCCAUUACACCAUGCGUCACCCAAUACAGCUCAGAACCCUAAACCAGACCGUCUCUUCCCCCCGCACCUUCCUCCAUCUCAGCCCCUCCCAGACUCCAACUACACCAUGGAUCACAGGUUUCGCAGACAGCUCUCCGAACCAUGCAAUUCUUUUCCACCGCUCCCUGCACUGCCGCAAGAUGGCAGACCCGUUUACCAACGGCAGAUGUCGGAGCCAAGUAUCCAGUUCCCUCCUCAAGGAUUUAAACAAGAAUACCACGACCCAGUGUAUGAACAUGGCGCUAUGGUGGGGAGCGCCCCAAGCCAGACCUUCCCUCCGCCUCUCAUGAUUAAGCAGGAGCCAAGAGAUUUUGCUUAUGACUCAGGUACGUACUACCUGCUGAAAUGAUUCAUCUGUAAAGUCUUUGUUAGA